CAGUUGCGCACUCACUGAUCAUCAUUCGGCCAGCCUCAAGGCCCGACUAAGCUCCUCUUGCUGACUGACUUGCCGUGUGGCCUCCCUCGCCAACUGGGCGAGCAACCUGCCCCAAGGCUGAGCAUAGCCUUCACAAACCUAUUGUUGGUUUGACGCUCCUUAUGUAAAAGAUCAAUUGGCUUACAUUAACUCCUUCAUCUUAGAAUUAUUGCCAUGAAGGACCAUAACCAACCAUGGAGUUUUGAGAUCAAUUUACCUUUCCAUGUGGCAACCCUUGAUGAGGCACUCAUUAGAGCAGCUCUCAGAAAAGUGCCCUCGCUCCCAUUCACACAUCACAUCGCCCACUUGACAGCUGUCUCAAGGCAGGAGACUCAGCUGCCUCUGAAAAAAGCACCGUUGCAACUUUCCUUACUCUCGUUGCUGUCCCAUAGUCGCGACCCAUGAACAGGGUAGCGGCCGGUUUCAAGCUGCUGUCUGCUCCGGACUGUGCAUCAAGUAACAAGUUGUGCCACAAUGAAUGUGAAUAAGUCACAUGUCAACCUUGUCUAUGCGCUUUGGUUUGCUAGAAGCUAAUCAUUUUAGACUGUUUUAGAUCCGGAAUUGUUGGAUAUUUGGGCAAACUUGAUUCAUUCAAUGUUUAAGUGUUGUUUUCACUCUGCAGCCUGACAACCUUUUCAUUAGUUAUGUAUAAUCAUAGCUUAUGAAUGGUGAGAGACAACUAAAGUCCACUUUCAAAGAGAAAAAAUUGAAAACUACCAUUGUAAAUGAGAAAAUUAAUCCAAAAAGACAUCGUAUUGUCCUCCAGCCAAUGCAUUAUGGCAACACUUACUUCACUAGGAAAAGGGAGGCAAAUGUGUUUGGAGGUCAAUGAAUGAGGAACUAUGCCAAGCAUUUCAGAGUGACAAGCCCAAUCAUAUGACAAGAAUUGAAAUGAAAUGUUCAAAUAGUCCAUCGGCGUUCAUAACUAUUGUUAUUUUUAGCACUUGGCCCCAUAUCACCUAUAUGAUAUCGGAAUGCCUCACAUGUGCAACCAAAGCAGCCUUAACAUCAUAGAUCCACGCUUUUGAACAUUUGAUCACAACCCCACUCCUGGUGAUUUAUCUGGAAUACACAGCCAAGCCAAGGGAGGCCAAAAUCAAGUUGAGUAGCCGUAGUAGCAAUGCAUGCAAUUGCUCCUAUAACGUCAAAGUCUCUUUGUAUUCCUCUCCCUUCAAGUCCGCAGCUUCAAAAGCUGUCACAGCGGAUUCACCAGCAAUUUGUGCAGCUGUUUCAUUUUACAGACUAUGCAGAGUACAAUGAACUAAACAAUAAUGCUCUUCAAGACAGAGCAGUCCUCCUUGGAAUGUGCUAAACAACAGGAGUUAGGUAAAAGCAAGAUGUUGCAUUGGAUUUUGGUAAAAUAUGAUCCUCAAAAUCAUCAUCAUAAUCCUCAUGAGCGAAAAGAGGCCAAUCACCAUACUCAAGGAGGAAGAACUACAUAACUUGGCGAACACAUACACACAUGCUCUACCAUGCUGGCCAGAAGCUAAAGGCAAGGACGAAAAUCCGGGGGUUGGGACAAAAAACUGGACAGAGUUUUAGCACCCUUUGUGUCGCCGGAUUGGAAUAUUGGAAUCCCGUGUUUCAGUUGUCCAAUCAUUCAUUGAGAGUUGAUUUAAACACCUCAACAACAGUGAUUGGAACUAACUGAUCUUUGUGUAGUGAGAGACAAGGUGUGAUGUGUUUACCUACAAAUGUAACAGAAUUCUACCACGAUUACCUCUACUUGUGACUGGCAAUCUUAAGAGGUUUAUUAUGCUUUUGUUCAAAGGCAAGAAGGACCCAAAGGACGCAUAUGGGCGUGGCUUGGCUGCCAAAAGAAUUCAACGCGGAGUGAAAUGACCUUAGGAAGAGUCAAACGCCAAAGUCAUCCUAGAGAAAAUAAUAUCGCAACAAACUUAGCUAGAAGAUAGAUAGUUAGACAAAGACAGAUAGGCAGAUUGUUGUUAGCACUUCCAUCCACUAUCCAUCCACAAAUAUGAAUCAAAUGCAAUCUCAAGAGAGCUUCAACAACCACUUUCAAAACAAUCCAAUGAUUCAACAACAGAAUAUGAAUAAGCAGCCGCUACCCUCGUUUCAAAAUCUUACAAGUGGUGUUGGAUGGAGUGGAUCUACGGACACGCCCACAUCUUCAUCUUCCAUUGAGCCAAAUAUGGGCAUGAUGGGGAUGCCCAUGGUGUCAAGCUCGAGCACUAUGCCAGGAAAUCCCAAGAGCCACAUGAGUCACAUGGAUCAUAUGGGAAAUAUGGACCCAAUGGGACCCAUGAAUGGCAAUAGCAUGGGUCCAAGGAACAACCAAUUUCAUCAGAUGGGCUUUCCCGGAAAUGACAUGCACUCAAAUGGCAUGAUGGGACAACACCAUUCAUUGGACAAUCCUCACUUUCAACCAAUGAGUCACCGUCAGCCGCUGCCCCCACAUCAUCAGCAACAGCAGCAGCAAUCUCAACAACAACAGCAACAACAACAGCAUCAUCAUCAACAACAACCCUCACCUCAACAAUUUUAUCCGCAGAACAAUCUAAACCCAAUGAACAAUGGCUUCCCACCCCGAUUGAGCCAAAGUCAGCAACAGCAGAUGAUGAACAGCCGAUUAGGAAUGAACGGAGUGGGCGGACCAAUGAUGCCCCACCAACACCCUCAUCCGAUGCAGAAUGGAGGAGGGGGUGGUCCCGGUCAUCCUGCGGGUCAUCCUUCACGACGACCUGCUCCGUAUCCAAACCCAAUGUACAUGGCCAAUAAACGCCAGCAGAAUCCGGGAAUGUUUCAAAGUCAUAAUAUGAUGAUGGGCGGUCCCGGAUACAUGCGUUUUAGCGGCCCCAACAAUGGCAUGUACCCCAUGGGCUAUGGCAACAUGAGCCAGAACCCCAACGCACAUCGACCCCCCAUGAUGGGCCAAUUUCCCCCCAACCAACGUCAGUUCCCCCAAAUGUCAAUGAACAGCCAUAGGCCAAUGAACUUUAAUCCCGGUGGGAUGAUGGGGGUGCCGGGCAGCCCGGAUCCGUCGUUUCAGCCUCAACAAACCACAGAUCUGUCAAACAACAACAUGUCCCCUAGGAUCAUGCCAUUUCAACAUAGUCCUGUUCCUGGCAAUCCUACCCCUCCCCUCACGCCUAAUGGGCCGAGUGUGGGCGUGCCAUUUGCCAGUCCGGCAUCGUCAGACCAGGGUCAUGGAUCACCUAUGGACAUGAAACCGGUGCCUAUGAAAGGAAUGAAUGGCGGUCACUCUGGUGGAAGUGGGGAGCCCCGUUUGACUUUCCCCGUAAAGGACGGUCUCAUUCUAGCCCCUUUCCGUCUUGAGCACAGCCUCACCGUCUCCAAUUUUGAGUAUGUUCUCAAGCCACAGAUUUUCCAGUGUCUCAUGUGGAGACCGGAUCUUGAGCUUCAACUGAAAGGCUUCUACCACGAGGACCGAGGCAUGAACGUGAACUGGCCCAAUUCGGUUUCUAUCUCGGUCAAUGCCAAUCCCUUAGGCAUUGACAGGUCUAAUGGGCCACCACCUCACCUUAAACCUCAUCCAAAUGAGACUAACAAACAUUGUCAUCGGCCCCUGUAUCUAAAAGAUGUGUGCAUCAGUGGGAGAAACACGAUCCAGUUCACUGUGACGGCUUGCUGUUGCUCUCACCUGUUUACUGUGCAACUUGUGCAUCGCCCCACGGUUCGGUCCAUUGUCCAAGGUCUGCUCCGGAAGCGACUCCUUCCCUUGGAGCGUGGGGUUGUCAAAGCAAAGACCAUCCUGACCAAUUGUAACAAUGCCUCCAACAAUUCAAAAGACGGGGGCAACCACCCCUCCUCCAACCCCAAAGAUACCGUCAAUGGCAGCUCAUCAGAUGAGCCCACGUCCUUGAAGGUCAUGCUGACGUGUCCUCUGACCUUCAGACGUAUGACCUUGCCUUCUCGGGGGCAGGAUUGUCGGCAUCUCCAAUGCUUUGACUUGGAGUCCUAUCUUAAGUACAACGCAGAAAAAGGCGGCAACGGCUGGAAAUGUCCUGUGUGUAACAAAAAUACGCCCCUCGAAGCGCUGGAAAUUGAUCAGUUCACGUGGAGCAUUCUUCAGACCCCCAAAUUUUCUGAGGUUGAUGAGGUCAUGAUGGAUCAAAAUGCUGGCAUCUCCCUUUCUCCACAAAUAAAGUCUGAGGAUGAUCGGAGUAGUAGUUCAAAGAGAAAGGACAAGCCAAUGGCGCCCACCUCCCUCAAGCUUCCAAACCUUGCUCUUUGGGAAAUCCCCAGUUCCAUUAGGUCUCCAGGACUUUACACACCUCCUGAUAUCAACAGUAUUGUUAGCGGACAGUAUCCCUUGGAGGAGUCUGGCGGCCCUCUCUCCCAAAUGAACGAAGCGGUCAAUAAGAUUGACCAACCUCGAAAUGAUCCCAAUGAUCCAAACUUUUUGAGUGUAAAGAUGGGUCCCCACACUCCGUGCACGCCAGGCAUGCCGGCUACCCCUCAUACGCCUGGCUCGGUUGGUCAGAAAGCGUCUCCUCCAUGUCCUGGAUCCAUGCCUUCCUCAUCGUCAGCUCCAAAUGCAUGUGCACCUUUACCCUCAAUGUCAACCUUGGACGGGAGCAAUGGUAAUCAUAUGUCUCAUCCUGGCAACGACUUCUCUCUUGAUGAUCUCAAUUUUGACCCAUCUUCUAUAAUUGGCGACACUGACAGCUCAGAUAUCAAUUUGGGCGAUGUUGACCCGGAUGAUCUGCUAUCCUUUCUGGACCCCCCUCCAGAGUUGGCCACGCCCCCUUCUUCAUCAUCAGGUUCGUCAUGCCAUCCUGGGGAUCAGCAACAGCUUUCAAAUUCGAGCCAACACGGCCACCCGGGGACGAACCAUGGGCAAUGCGGAGACAGCGAUGCCAAUCAGGAUGACUUGUUGAGUCUAAUUGACAACUAUGAGUACAGCGAUAAAUGAGGCAAUGAAUCUAGUCAUCAUGGGGGUGUUCCCUUACAAUUUGGAAUCAUCCAUUCCAUAUAUCAGCCCAGCCCUAGUGUAUGUGUACAAAAAGGCCAAUGUAUAGAACCUAGCAAUUGCUUCUUCAAGGCCCGGCUCCCCACCCAUCUUAUUUCCCCCCUCACCAUUUCUACUCACAAUGCUCUCUGCUACUAGUUUUCGAUACAUGUCUUUCAUAUCUUUAUCUCCUUGGAUAUCUAUCCAUCUGUUUGCUUCUUACUUCACCUGGCAGGGUGCCAAACAUUAAUCCGGAAAAUUAAAUCUAGAAUCACGAAACGUAAGUUCUUGAUUCACCCUAAAUAUGGCAAACUGAUUAGUUCAACAAACUCAUCUUUUCAAUGGCACUCCACAUUGUUGUAUUAUUAUUUCUAAGGCCUUCCACAACAGAACGUUGAUUGGAAGAUUUUACUCCUUGGAACAUCUCCCUCCUCAGAAAAAUCUAUUUGCGGAGGGUCCAGAUUAUAAGACGCACCCUGUACAUUAUAACUGAGCAAUACGUGAUUGAUUGUUUGAUUGAUUGAUUGCCAAUGUAAGAUUUCGUUGCCUUUCUAAGUAUUGUUCCCUACUUUCACUAUUUUCACCUUUUACCUAGCGUUGUGCUAUAUAGGCCUCUGUAACUUUGAUUUGAUUAUCCCGCCCAGGAGACUGCCCGCUUUACUAUUCUAAUAACAGCCGACUAUUUUGAAACUCUCCCAAAUGAUGUACUAAUGUCAAAUGCACCGCCCUCAAACACCCACAUAAACCGACACCCAACACACUGAGCAAUGGGAUCGUCUCCCAUAUCUUUGUCUCUAAUUAUUACCUUUAAACAGAAACUAUGAAUUAUAUGAGAUUAUUACAAAACGUA